AUGGCAGCGAACUUCAAAGUCCCCCAGGGGGCCGUCGCGAAUGUCCGCAUUAUCGACACUACGACAAGUAUCAAGCAACUGGCCGUCAAAUUCUUGAUGACGCCCCCCAUCCCGGGUUUCGACAUCCUUCCAGAACUUCCAACAUGGUCAUUCCUCGUUGAAAGUGAUACGGGCAAGAAAGCGCUGUUCGAUCUUGGAGUGCCGCCUAACUGGGAGACAUUUGCACCUGCAGUCGUCAACCGGCUGACUGCUAACGGCUGGGAGGUAAAGGCGGACAAGCACGUGGUGGACAUUUUGAAGGAGAACCAAGUCGAUCCUGCUUCGAUCAACAGUAUUGUAUGGAGUCAUUGGCAUUGGGAUCAUUUAGGUGACCCGUCCACCUUUCCGGGAAGCACAGAAUUAGUGGUCGGCCCUGGGUUCAAGGAAGCAUUCUUUCCGGGUUACCCGAGCAAAGAGGACUCUCCAGUCCGUGAGAGUGAUUUCAGAGGUCGAGAAGUGCGGGAGAUUGAUUUUGACGGACCCAAUGUGAUCAAGAUUGGUCAACUACGAGCAGUUGAUUUCUUCGGGGAUGGGUCUUUUUAUUUGCUCGACACCCCCGGGCAUGCAGUGGGACAUAUAGCGGGACUGGCCCGAACGACCCCAGAUUCAUUUAUUCUGAUGGGUGGAGAUCUGUGCCACCAUGGGGGCGAGAUUCGACCUUCGCCGUAUAUGCCCCUCCCUGACCAAGUCCGGCUGAGCGCAUUCGCACAUCUUGCAGGUGGAGUGUGUCCCGGUGCAGAACUCGAGUCGUUGCAGAAAAGCAGGUCGAGAGCGAUUGACGAACCAUUCUACGAUCCCAGCAUGGGUCUGGAUAUCGCACAAGCGAUCGAGACGAUCAAAAAGACACAGGAGGCCGACGCUGUCGAUCACGUUUUCUUCAUCUACGCACACGAUACGUUUAUUCGUGGUAAAGUGGAUAUGUUUCCCAAGUCGAUCAACGACUGGAAAAGCAAGGGCUUGAAAGAGAAGCUAUUCUGGGAUUUUCUACAAGACUUUGCCCCAGCCAUUAAGGGCAAGGAGUAGCAUUUAGGAGUGAAGGGAUUAGUUGACCG